AUUCGCGAUGAAGUGAGACUGAUUCAAGCAAUAUCUGUCAAGGAACACUCAUCAAGCCAACAUAAGGAGCGAUUUCAUGACAUUCAAGUGUCCACUGGUGUUGAAAUCAAGGAUGUCAAAACUCUACUAAUCGACAUGAAGGUUCGCUGGUCCUCAACAUACAUGAUGCUCAAUCAAGCAUAUGGCCUGCAUUCACAGGUCAAUAAGUUUGUGACAGAGAUCUUGAGAGCUGCAAAGGAUAUGAGGACGUCUACGAAGUUGUACGCCCUCUUGCCAAGAGAUGAUGAGUGGAAACACGUCAAAAGCUUUCAGCGCGUUCUGCAGAUUGCAGAUUUUUGGCAACAGCACUUCUCUUCGGAGAACGAUCUAGCAUUGCAUCUUGCACUACCGGCCCUUAAAGACUUGCAUGCACAAUGGACUGCCAAACUAGAGGAUCCUGCAUAUGCACACUUCACAAAUGGACUGCAAGCUGGGCUUGCCAAGAUCGCAGAAUACUACGACAAGACAGGUGAUAACGAUGCUUACGUUUUCUCUAUCAUGCUUGAUCUGACAAUGCACUUUGGAUUCUUCAAGGAAGGCUGGUCAAUAGCUCUGCAGAAGGACGCUAUGGAGUUGAUGAAGAAGAUUAAUCGGUAUGUGGAACUCAACAGCAGUGCAGAGAGUGUGAUGGUGGCUGUUUCGAAGAUGAAAACGCUACAACGUUAUCUGUCUUCACUCGUGGAUCUAUCAAGUGACGAUGAUGAUGAAGCACGAUCAUCUCUAUCAUUAACUCAAGCUCUUCUCGAUCCAGAGAAGCAGUGGGAGCAUGAUUUUCAGAAAUAUAUUGAUCUCAAUGAGGAUGUGCCUGACGGCAUGUCAACGGUUCAGUGGUGGGGAUUAAAUGCCCAUUGCUUUCCGGUGUGGGCUUCACUCACAAAAGAUUAUCUUGCCAUCAUGGCAACAUCAGUAUCAAGCGAGCGUGCAUUCUCGAGUGCUGGAAUUACCAUCACGAAGCAUCGAAACUGUCUCAAAGGUGACAUUGUAGAGGCUUUGCAGAUCCUCAAAUGUGCAUAUAAGAAGAAUCUCCUUUACCGUGACUUAGGGCCAUCGUCAUCAUCUGAGGAGGAACUGAAUAGCUAUCGGGAGGGCGAAGGCAGCGAGAAUCCUGCUAUCUGUGAAGCAGAGCUUGACAUAGAGCUGGACACAGACUCCGAGGAGCUCGAUAAUAACUUCACAGACAGUUCGGCAUGGUUGAAUGAUGAUGACAUGUAG